AUGGAUUCAGAUGGCGAGGGGCCUGGGGUCCUCGAGCUGGAUGAUGUGUUGGGUAUUCUCAACGAUGCCCAGGCUUCGCAGACGGGUGCUGCAACUGGAAGUUCUGCCAGCGUGCGGAAGGGCCUUGUCGGUCUCAGACCUGGAUGGAAGCUCGGUCUCAGACCUGGUAAGAAAGUGAAGAAGAAACUAGACAAGAAACAAGCAAUGCUGGACAAACAGGCCAGGUCAUACAAUGCCAGCGGCCGCUCUAGAAACCCAGAUUACCACAUGCCUCUGCAUGAGCACGGCUUGCAGCGUCAAAAGUCAAGUGGGCGCGGUGCUUGGAAGACUUGGUCAGUUCCUGCCAUUCUCAGAGCUGGGUUUAGUGCAGAAAAGAGUGCGCAGCGUCACAUUGCAAGCUCUAUUGAAGGCGCUGGUCAGAGCCAUGCGGCUUCAAGUCGCCUCGUCCUCGCGCAAGCGAUUUUGACAGGGCAAAUGAAGGGCCUCAAGAAUCUGUCGACGCAGGUCUCGGACCAGGCUCCGGUCUCGGACCAGGCAUCUGGCGACACCCAACCCCUGAAGCUCAUGUACGCCAUCAAGAACAUCAUGUUCGACGAGUCGACGUUUGAUUUGAGCUUCAGGGAUGGGAUCAGGGCUUCCUAUUCAGUGCUUUGCUCCCAUGCUCAGCUGACUUACCGGGUCGAGGGCAGUCAUGUCGUGCGUGAUGAGCACAUCUGUAGGAGCCCUGCUGUCCUCAGCCCUGUCAUGAACUCCGCGACGAUGCAUGCAGCCCUGAGUGCUGGCCCAGGUGGAUUCACCCAGACGCUCUCAGAGCUGGUAAGGUUUCGGGCCACGCUCAGCACGUCAGAUGCCCACGCUGCAAACGUGAGACUCUUAAAGUACGUCGACCAGUCGCUGGAUCGGGAUCACUUGUUUAUUCCUUCUCUUUGCCUGCAGCACCGUGUGGGUAACAUCGUCGAACAGCUUACCAAGUUCCUAGGCAAUUUGGGUGGGAAUUUCUCGAUCUCGAAGGUCCUCAACAAAGGCAACCUGCUUAAGGCCUUGCGGCAGAAGGCCUCUGCCAUCAUGAAAAAUCCAGAGAAGCUUUUAGUGCUUGGUGAGACACCUGCUCCAGUUCUUGAAGAGUGGUCUCAAGCCCAACUGUGCGCCCAUGAUCUGGUCCAGCUUUGCAUGAGUUUCGAUGAUUCAGAGCACGCCCGCUCAGGCACCCACCUGGAAGCUUUCCAGCGAUUCGAGAACUUCUUUGCUGGUCCUUGGACAGGACCGUGUGGGGCGACUUCGGGCUAA